GCGUCGUCGCGUCACAGUGACGCGGUGGCUCCGCCCCGGCUCGAGGCUUUGUUAAAGGGUCACGUUGCGCUGCAGCAGUGAAACAGGAGACUGUUCCGCAUCCGCCGCUCGUCGUCCACCUUCUCUCCGCGCUCACCCAGACACCCACCAGCAGCCACCAUGACUCACCAGUAUCCCGCACUGACUCCAGAGCAGAAGAAGGAGCUGCAGGACAUUGCUCAGAGGAUAGUAGCCCCAGGAAAGGGCAUCCUUGCAGCCGAUGAGUCAACCGGCAGCAUGGGGAAGCGUUUGAACCCCAUCGGGGUUGAGAAUACAGAGGAGAACAGGCGUCGCUACCGCCAGCUGCUCUUCACAGCCGACCAGCGCAUCGACAGCUGUAUCGGAGGGGUCAUCUUUUUCCAUGAAACCCUCUACCAGAACACAGACGAUGGCACUUCCUUCCCCACGCUCAUCAAAGACCGCGGCAUUGUUGUCGGCAUCAAGGUGGACAAAGGUGUUGUGCCCCUCGCUGGAACAAAUGGAGAGACCACCACUCAGGGUCUGGACGGGCUGUCUGAGCGCUGUGCGCAGUACAAGAAGGAGGGCGCAGACUUCGCCAAGUGGCGCUGCGUGCUGAAGAUCAGCGACAACACGCCAUCAGAGCUGGCCAUCUUUGAGAACGCCAAUGUACUGGCGCGAUAUGCAAGCAUCUGCCAGCAGAAUGGUAUUGUUCCAAUUGUGGAGCCUGAGAUCCUCCCUGAUGGAGACCAUGACCUGAAACGUUGCCAGUAUGUCACUGAGAAGGUCCUAGCUGCAGUGUACAAGGCUCUGUCAGACCACCAUGUGUACCUGGAGGGGACACUGCUGAAACCCAACAUGGUCACAGCUGGACACUCCUGCCCCACCAAGUACAGCGGCGAGGAAAUCGCCAUGGCUACGGUCACUGCUCUGCGCCGCACCGUGCCUCCUGCUGUCACAGGUGUGACCUUCUUGUCAGGUGGCCAGUCUGAAGAAGAGGCCAGCGUGAACCUUAACGCCAUGAACAACUGUCCACUCCCGAGGCCCUGGGCCCUGACCUUCUCCUACGGCCGCGCCCUGCAGGCCUCCGCCCUGAACGCGUGGAAAGGAGAGCUGAACAACGAGAAGGCAGCCACCGAGGAGUUCAUCAAACGCGCUGAGGCGAACGGUCUGGCUGCGCUUGGCAAGUACGAGUCUUCUGGGACCGCUGGCGCCGCAGCAACGUCCCUCUACGUCGCUGAUCACGCCUAUUAAACAUCAAACGUCCACAUACUACCGUGGACUAGUUAUAGUCUUAUAUCUGCUCUGCUAUUCCCCCUCACGCCUCCAUAAGUCACAGGCCUGCGCUGUCUACUGUACUUUAGAGUUGUCAGAGUUAUUAAAAUUACAUUAUUAGGUAUGUGUAUUUAAAAAAAAUAACAUAAUGUGAAGCAACAAUACUAAAGGGAUCAGGCUUGUCUUUUUUCUUUGUUUGAUCAAUCCGUUUCGAGACAAUUUGACUGGAGUGGACAGCUGUUUUAUUUCAUUUCUAGCUGUCUGUAACAGUUGUGGACAGGAAGUUAGAGGCUGCAAAAUGUUAUUCGUAGAUCAGUCAGUAUUCAGUUCAUCCCUCUUCUCAACGGCACCUGUCUCCACAUCUGGUUCUUACUGCCUUUAUCCCACCCAUGACCAAUCUUGAACCACUCCCAAGCAAGGCCAGAUCAGCUUGUGUGUAUCUGUGUUUCGCUUGUGUCAGAACAAAGUGCUGGCUCAUCCUCAACGCUACACUAACACUGUCCCUGACAGCAGGACCAACCAAACAUUUGCAGCACCAGCACAUCCGGUAAGGGACCAGGCAAAAAACACAGUGUGAAGACUUUUUCAAAUUCAGUUGAGACUGUGGAGGGGUUGAUGUACUUUCAGACAGCUGUAGCUCCCGCGGAAGUCAGCGGGCAAACUUUGACAAAAUCAUUACACACACCAAGGGUGCACUUCUAAUCACCACUAAUCAGAGGAACUUCACGUCUUGCCAUCUUGUCUAUUCUAAGUAUACCAUUAGCUUAAAAUUUCAUAAAGUAAUUCAUGUAUUCAGUUGGAGGUGUUGAUAUUAUGUGAUGCUUGUGUGUCUCCCCCCACCCCCCUACGCCCCUCCCUCCUGAAUCCCCUCAGCCAGCCCCACGAGAAGACAAAAUGGUUUCUAUUGACGUUCCCAUAAAGUGGACCAACUCGUGGGGUUAGCAGCGGGGAAGCAGUCACUGCUGUGUUGGAAAACCGUGAUGUUUGUGAUGUUAAUAUUGUUCUUGAAGCACUUGGUGUGUCAAAUAGUGGACAGAAAUAAACUAAAAAAUAAACAUUAAAAACUA